AUGAACAACGUAACAGCUGCCGGCGUCGCUGAACGUGUUCUCCGGCUUGAGGACCAAUGCCAGGCCCUAAUGCGUGGCAGUCGUCAGCCUCGGGACUGGCAUUUAAGGUGACCGAGUUGACGGAGCCGAGAUCGCCCCAUCCGCCGUGUUUCAGGGACUUGCCGCCUUGGGCACCAGUACCUGCCAGUAAGGCCCCUUGGAGUCGUCGGCGUCGGAGGGGCAGCCGAUGAGCGGCUGCCCCAACGAGGAGAGGAUCCUGUCCGUAGGGUGGUCGAAGCUCUGCCAGAUGAUCUUCGCCUUCUUGCCGUGGAAAACGAUGUUGCCGUCAAGAAGGAAGACGACGACGGUCACGCACGCACCUUGUCAGUGUGCCGCACGAGGCUCCCGUCGGUGUCCCCGAGCACCACAUCGCCGCCGUCCCGGCCGAAGGAGAGGGUGGCGUCCUCGCCGACGAAGUUGGCACGGUAGCUGGCGUGAUAACUAGACGACGACGUACCCGCCGAAAUCCCCAUCGUUCUACAUUGUUGAAGUGGCCAACGGGGGGACACGAGCCUCGGAGAAGGCGGCGCGCUGAGAUGGGAUUAUAA